CAACCACCGUGCUAUUGGCAGCACUUGACAUUUGUAUGUGGUAGUCGGUGAACUGCAAAAAAAGUAGUGUUGAAAUUUCACUGUUAGAACGUGUCAUUCCUGUAUCUUCUGCAAUUUAGCCCAAGGCAAAAUGUCGUCUCAAGACGCUGAAUUUUUGAUUGACAUGGGCUUUAGCAAAGAAAAAGCCGAAAAGGCACUACAAGUAACUGGCAACAGAGGAGUGGAACCGGCGAUGGAGUGGUUGUUGGCGCACAAUGAUGAUGUAGAGACAAGUCCGGCUGACAAUGAUGCGGCAUCUAGUGAUAAUGGAGCAGCAGCUACUGAUGCUGAAGCAAAGUCCAUCAAGUGCAAUGAGUGUAACAAACUUUUUAAGACACAAGCUGAAGUUGAAUUCCAUGCUGCUAAAACACAGCACACUGACUUUUCUGAAUCUACUGAAGAAAAGAAACCACUAACUGAUGAAGAAAAAGCUGAACAAGUUCGUAAGCUUGAAGAAAAAAUGAAGCAGAAGAGGAAAGAGCGUGAGGAGAAAGAGAAGCUUGAAGCUAUUGAGCGCGAAAGAGACAGAAUCCGAUCUGGAAAGGAGAUGAUUGAAGCUAAACGCAAGCUGGAAGAGCAAGAAAUAAAAAAAUUAGCAGAACUUAGGAGAAAAGAAAAAGAAGAUGAUAGGAAAGCAAGAGAGAGAGUGCGUGCACAAAUCGAAGCUGAUAAGGCUGCUAGGAAAGCGAAGGCUGAAGCAGCUCAAGGAGGUGCUGUGGCCCCUCCUGUUCCUCCUACCGCCACACCGGCCCCAGUAGUAGCCAAACCUGCUGCUGCCCCUAAGGAUUACACUGAAACUAGGCUCCAGAUAAGACUUACCAAUGGUCAAGCAAUCACUCAAACAUUUGGCGCCAAGGAGACACUUUCAGCUGUGCGCGUUUUUAUUGAUCUCAAUAGAUCUGAUGGAAAUGCUCCAUUUAGUCUAAUGACAACUUUUCCCAAAAAGGUGUUCAUGCCUGAAGAUUUUGAAAAGCCUCUUGAAAUUCUAGGUCUUGUUCCUUCUUCAGUUUUAAUUUUGGGCAAGCCACAGUAAUUUCUGUCUGCUAACGGUAUAUAUUCUAUAAUCCAAUUAUGAUAUAUUGGUUAAAAUGAUAUUCUUGUAUGGAUAAUGAAAUAACAUCAAAUCUUCUUAUUGUAAUGUAUGAUGCUGAAGUGACAUUUUAAAUCAAACCACUUGGUUUUUACUGCAUAAAUGAAAUUCUAGAGGUUA